GUCGGUCAGUUGAUCAGCUGAUGUCGUUGGCUCGAUAUCGGUGUGUUUUAUGUGAUCUAUUUUUUGAGUGAGCAUUUAAUUUCAAAUAAAUAAAAAAUAUGUCGCUACUCGCUGCUAAGCGAAUACAUCCCAUUACUGCCAAAGUCAAUGGAUACACGACUUUGUUGCCUUUGCAAAGAUUAAGCUCUAAAAAUGAAGCUGCAAGUGUUGAUCAUGGAGACGAAUAUCAGUACAUAGAAAAAAGCAAAGUGGGUACGAUGCAUUUCCAAAGAUCAAUGCCGCGUUUACCAAUCCCUCAAUUGGAAAAGACGUGCGAGCGUUAUCUCCUGGCACAAAAGCCUAUAUUGAUAGAAGAACAGUUACGGCAUACGGAGUCUUGCGUGAAACGUUUUCUUGUUGGAGAAGGACCUACCCUUCAAAAAGAGCUCAAGGCUUUUGAUGCAAAGAACCGGCACACUAGUUACAUAUCCGAGUAUUGGUUUGAUAUGUAUCUGAGAGAUAGAAAACCUUUACCUAUUAAUUAUAAUCCAAUUGUUGCUUUUGCUCCUGAAAAAGACCCACGUUAUGAAAACCAGUUAAUUAAGGCCACGAAUCUUCUGAUCUCUUCCAUCCGGUUUAUGAAAUCUCUUAGAACAGGCGUUUUGGCACCAGAAGUCUUCCAUUUGAAUCCUAAGAAGUCUGAUACCGAUACUUUUAGAAAAGUUACCGGAGCCUUACCUCCUUUGCUUUCUUGGUACGGAGCCUAUUUGUUCAAGGCUUUCCCAUUGGAUAUGUCGCAAUAUCACAACCUGUUCAAUACAACAAGAAUUCCAGAAUUAGAGAAAGAUAUGAUUUAUCAAGACGUGACGGCAAGACAUAUUGUUGUUAUGAGAAAAGGGAAUUUCUACAGGUUUGACGUAUUGGACAAAGAGAACUUUAUUUACUCGCCCAAGGAAAUAGCUUCUAAUCUAAAAGCUAUCUUAGCAGAUGAUGCUGAAGUUGCUGAAAAUCCGAUUGGCCUAUUAACGACUACGGAACGUGAUUUAUGGGCAGGAACAAGGCAUCAUUUAUCAGAAAUCGGCAACCAAGAUUUGCUGAAAACCAUCGAUUCAGCGAUACUGAUGUUGAUUUUAGAUGAGGAGACUUUAGCUACCGAUUAUAAACAUCUUAUACGGACGUUAUUGCAUAGUGAUGGUGUUAAUAGAUGGUUCGAUAAAUCAUUUUCUUUAAUUGUAGCUAAAGAUGGGACUGCUGGUCUAAAUUUCGAACAUUCUUGGGGCGAUGGAGUUGCAAUUUUGAGAUACCUUCAGGAUGUUAAAAAAGAUACAGAAGUAAAACCCAGAUUUCAUCCAGAAGACGUAGCUUCGGUUUCGCCGAAUUCUUCCAUAAAGAAACUGAACGUUGUUACCGAUGCAAGAAUUUCUAAUGCGAUCAACCAAGCCAAAGAGGAAUACAAAAAAUGGUACGACCGAGUGGGAGUUGACUAUUUCAUUUACGAUGGAUUUGGAAAAAAAGAAUGCAAAACGAUCGGCGUCAGUCCAGAUGCAGUUAUGCAGCUUGCUUUUCAAUUGGCUUACUAUAAACAGGAAAGAGAAAUGGUCGCAACUUACGAGUCAUGCAGCACUGCUGCUUUCAAACAUGGGCGAACAGAGACGGUCAGAUCUUGUACAACCGCAACUAGAGCAUUUUGCGAAGCAGUUACAAAUUCCUCUUCAAAGAUUUCAAAAUCUGAGUUGAAAAAAAUGAUCGUUAACUGUUGCAACACGCAUAAUCAACUAAUCAAGGAAGCAGCUAUGGGUCAAGGAUUUGACCGUCACUUAUUUGCACUGAAUAAAAUGUGGGAAAAGCUCGGUAUCCAAAAACCAGCAAUUUUUGAAGAUCCCGCAUACGCGGCACUGAAUCAUAACAUUCUUUCUACGUCAACUUUGUCAAGUCCAGCAGUUACUGCUGGAGGAUUUGGUCCUGUCGUCCAAGACGGUUAUGGUAUUGGGUACAUGAUUCAAGAUCUCAGGCUUGGAGCAGUUUCAACGAGCUACACAGACCGUCGUAACGGAAGUGAUUAUAUAAAACUUCUAGAGUCUGCGAUUAAAGAAAUUCAUGCGAUAUUAUCGCAUGAGUAAGUGAAUUUUUUAUUUCAAAUUACAAGAUUUUUAUCAGCGAAGAAAUCGAUGUGUUUGUUUGAGAAGAGAUGAAACGAGAGCACACUUCACAGGUAAUUUUGAAAGAUUUUUAGUCUUUACAAAAAAUGAAACCCGCAGUAUAUGACAAUUGCUGAAUAAUUAUUGUUAACUUUACUUUCACUGCCAAACAGUACCACGUGGUGCCUUAUAAUCAGAUUAUAAUCCCAUGGGGGAUUAUGUAUGUGUUGUUAUCUAUUAUUAUAAAAUGAUAUUAUAUUUUUAUGGUCGUUCAUAUGGUAGAUUCAUAAAAAAAAAGAUAAUCGAGAUGGUCAGGGUAUGGAAAUGUCAAUUUUUUCUUUGAUUCCAAAAAUUCUUCUUUUUUCAACAUUUAACGAUACGAUUUAUUCAUCACACCUUGCUACUCUUAUCUAACAUUAUUUACACCACUAUUCUUUGUAUUAAUAACAUAGAUUCUAGAAGAUACCAUAAUACUUUACGUAACGUUAUUUUAAAUCUAAUUAUUAAAUUUAUUCAUGAGGAGAAAGGAAGGAGACAGAAAAAAAAAGAAAUAUAAUCACGAUCAAAAGUACAUGAACAUAUCGAAAUAACCAUUCUCCGACACCAAAAAAAAGAAAGAAAAAUUAAAUUAAUAGUAUGGUUUUGUAAUUAUACAUAAUUAUAGGUGGUAUAAUGACUCCUA